UAUUUUCUUGCGGAACACUUGUGUGGAUCCUCCUUUCUAAGAGCCUUCCAAACUUAAAUUUAAUUGAAGGCAUAGAGCAGAAGCAGGUUGCUCAUAUUCCUCCUCAAUAAUGGCACUGCCGCAGGCAACUCAAGCCAGAUGCGCAGUGGUAACCGGAGCAAACAAGGGAAUUGGGUUAGAGACAGUGAAGCAGUUGGCUUCAGGUGGGGUGAAGGUGGUGCUCACAGCAAGAGAUGAGAAGAAGGGUCUCGAAGCUUUGGAGACGCUGAGAGAGUCUGGUGUUGUUUCUUCAGAUCUUGUGCUUUUCCAUCAGCUUGAUGUUGCCGAUGCUGCAAGCGUGGCUUCUCUUGCUCAGUUCAUUAAAUCCCACUUCGGCAAACUUGAUAUUUUGGUGAAUAAUGCAGGAAUUUCUGGAGUCAUGUAUGGUGACACUUCUUUGAUACCUUUAGCAAUCAAUAAUGGAGAGGCACUAUCAGAGGAUGAGAGGAAAAGAGCAAUGAGUGAACCAUAUGAAUUAGGGGAAGAAUGCUUGGAAGUAAAUUAUUUUGGCGCAAAAAGGACAACAGAAGCUCUUCUUCCCCUUCUACAGUUAUCAGAUUCACCAACAAUUGUCAAUGUGGCAUCGUUCUUGGGCAAGCAAGAGCAUUUAUCAAAUGAAUGGGCAAAAGGAGAGCUGAGUGAUGCAAGUAAGCUGACAGAAGAGAAAGUGAAUGAAGCAGUGAAAGAGUUUCUGAAAGACUUGAAAGAAGGUUCACAUGAGAGGAAAGGAUGGCCAAAGAUAAUGGCAGCUUACAAAGUUUCUAAAGCUGCUUUGAUUGGCUAUACAAGAAUUGUGGCAAACAAGUAUCCCAAUAUGUGCAUCAAUUGCCUCUGCCCUGGCUUUGUGAAGACAGAUGUUAAUGCCAACACAGGCUUCUUCACUGUCGAAGAAGGUGCUUCCAAUGUUAUCAGAUUAGCAUUGUUGCCUCAUGGGAGUCCAUCAGGCCUCUUCAACAAUCGCACUCAAGUCUGUCCCUUUUAAUUGUUGCAUAUAUAGCAUGAUGAACAUAUGAAUCUAUGUACAAUAAGAAGAUGGCUGGGUGAUCUGUUAUAGGCACCUUAAUCAUAUCAUGUGUAUGCAGAUCAAGGUAUUGAAAAUCGAAUCGACUAAUAAAAUGAUUGAGGCACUAGUUCAA